UCAAAUCUGAUGGGAGAAUAUGCAAGGAGUUCUAGUUGCUUCGAGCCCAGCUGCCUCUCUGCCAUGGAGAUGGAUUACGGGCUGGAUUUCAUGACGAGCCAAUUCGAGGAGUGCACGAUGGAGAUCUCAAGCCUUGGGUUAAUGAGCUGCUUCGACCAAGAUUACUUGUCCAACUACUCGUCUUCUCCGGAUCACCUGCUCGCUUCGCCUUUGUUGCCGCAGCCCCUGCCGUCCUCCACUGCUCCUGAGCUGAGCCAGGGGGGAGGAAGGAAACGGCGAAGCCUGGAGCAGGGAGAGUUUGGAUUGACUACUGACAUAAAGAUUACUAACAACAAAAAUAGCUCGGGGAACGGGAAGAGGGCGAGAGGCAACUCGAAGGAAGCAGGGAAGUCCAAAGAGGUGGUUCAUGUGAGGGCGAGAAGAGGCCAAGCCACUGACAGCCACAGCCUUGCUGAAAGAAGCAGAAGAGAGAGGAUCAAUGAAAGAAUGCGUUGCUUACAAGACCUUGUUCCCGGUUGUUACAAGAGUAUGGGCAUGGCAGGAAUGCUAGACGAGAUAAUUAACUAUGUACAAUCACUGCAGAACCAAAUCGAGUUUCUUUCUCUGAAACUUCUAGCUGCAUGCUCCGUCAAUGACCAUCAUUGCCUCGACAUGGAGGCCAUUGCAGCACCCCAGGGUGGUAAUGAGCUGUUGGUGGCAAGGGAUGAGUACUACGGCACUGGAAACAGCAGUUUCUCUGUUACCAUGCCAUUUUAAUUAUACUCUUUGGGUAAUUACAUACAAUUCUGUGACUUUGUGCAUGGAUUAUUUCUCAUGCACUUGAGAGGAUAGCGUAGAAAUAAAUGAAUAAUG